CGGACGUGUCCUGCAGGAAGAUUUUGACUGCUUUCGAUGGAUGAAACUGGUGCUACCUGAUCACUUGCCACAUCCGCUAACCAAGGAAAUGAGUGAAAAGACGGCCAGUUAUAUUCCGCCUAUUCAGCUGAAGAACGAAGCCAAGUAUGAAGAUUGCUUAGACAUCUUAGAUUCCUACGAAGACACCAUAGAUCAACUGUAUCGAAAGGCUGGCUUAGCUGGUGAGCUGGAGAAGCUGCAAGUUCCUGUAGGUGGUGACCAGCUGACAGUACGUCGUUUUGAAGGUGCCAAAGCAUUGCGGGCUGGGGCUCAUCUCAGACGAGAAUGUUUUGAAAACUUGUCACCAAUGAUCAUUGAGCUGUUCCAUACAGUCAUGGAUUUCUUGGAGAAAAUGUGUAAGCGAUUCCUGAAGCCGAAGGCAACUGGAGAUCAGGGAACUGCAGCAAACUUGAAGGCCCUCAUCCAAAGGACCAGUGUCAAUGGCAAAGUCAAAAGCCGCUAUGCUGUCCACAUGGACUUCAUCCAAACCGAAGCAGCAGAUGAGCAUCCCAAGCUAGUUCCCCUGGACAUCCUACUCAACGGUGUUUCAUGUCAAGUGAAAGUGCCCCUUGUCGGUGAACUCGUCACUAUUGUUGUCAAAGAUGGAAUCAUCCAGCAUCCGGUGUCGCUCGUCUACAAGAAUGUGUCUAGUACUUGGUGCAAAUACCUAAUAAAGCUGCCAACUGCUGUCACAAUUCUGCUGCAUCUCAAGCGAUCAACGACAGUUCCCGAGCCAGAGCCAGAUGAACUUAAUAAUUACGCGAGACAAUUUAUGCAGUGGUACUUUAUUCUUCUCAACUUUGAUGACACACUCAAAGAAGGGGACAUCUGUAGGAUGAACGUUCUUCUCAAAAUCAUGAUACCCUUCUUUUACUCCCAUUCAACUCUGUCAAAAUACUUUGUGGAAUGUAUUGACUACAUUUUGAAAACGGAAGUUCUUCUCGAGCCAGAGGUGGCAGUACGUGUCAGGGCCCUCUCCUUUGUCAACCCAAAAGGAGGCAGUGGUAACAAUUUAGCUUGUGACAUGCAAAAAGAAAUGCAGGUCAGAACAUUAAAGGAAGCGAUAAAUAGCUUGGGGGCACACAAGACUGAUCGUGCGAUUGUCAGAGCUUGCGGUUCAGUGGACGUCAUCCACAGAGUAGCGACAAAUUUUGAUGCUUUAAUCGAAAAGAACUUCGGAUCAUAUCAUCCCAGGAAGUCUUCCGAAGAAGAUGAAGAGCUGAUCGUUGCGCGUUUGAGGAAAUUGAGGCCAUUUCAGCACUCUGCCGGGAGGAAACUAGCCAAUUUCUCAGGUAUUCAAGCUAGUCCCUUCUCGAACGUAAAAAGAGACACUUUUGUAGAACACUUGUUAAGGGUUGUUGAUCGACUUAAGUUUUCUGCAGUUGUUGUGGAUGAGGAUGAAAAUGAUGACAACGACAGUGUUGCAGAGGAGAACUUUAAUUUGCACAUCCGCCCAUGAACUGUUGCACGUGAGGACAAACUACACUGGUAGAAUAGUACAUUAUUCAUGUUUUGACAAGCAGGAAAUAUUUUAAACCAGAGUA